AUGUCGUACCAAAACCUGGCCCUACUCAAAGCAGCAGAAAUCCUGCCAAUGACGUGGUCAGACCAUUGCCCGAUCCGCAUACUGAUGAAAUCACCAUUGUUCAAGCCCAAACAGAUGUCCCGGAGACUGAACGAAUCAAUCCUAUCGGAUGUGGUAGUGACGGACAAAAUAGGUCAAAUAAUACGGGACUACUUCCAAGAUAACGAAACAGAGGAUGUGACACCAAUGACCUGCUGGGAGGCACUCAAGAUGGUAGUACGGGGCCAGAUUAUAGCAAUAUGCGCGACACGCAAAAAGGCGACAGUACAGGAAAUAACCAAGCUCAGCGGAGAAAUUGCGAUCUUGGAAGCCAGACAUAAACGAACCCUAGAGACGACGAUAUACAGAGAACUAACAGACAAGCGAAACCAACUAACCACGCACCUUAACAGAACGAUCCAACGCUCAUACCAACACUACAGAUACAUGAUACACGAACACGGAGAUAAAUGUGGAAGACUGCUAGCCAACCUCCUGAAGCAACGUAGAACACAACUGUAUAUGCCGAAAAUAAAAAACGCACAGCAACAAAUCAGACACCUCCCUGACCAAAUAGCAACGGAGUUCCAACGGUACUACCAGGACCUCUACCACCUUCGCAAGGAAACACAGGACGACCAGAGACUCCAAAAAUGCACAAGUACUUGGACUCGGCAAACCUACCAGAAAUAA